AUGUUCAUAAAAGAAGCUUAUGAGAGAAGACAGAAAUAAGGAGAAGGAGAAUAAGAAAUUCUAUCCACUGAAUAAAAGAUUCAUAAAAUAGGAAGCAUCAAGAAUAAUAAAGUAAAUUAUGAUAAGGAUGAACAAUUUUUUAGUAAAGAAGAUAUUCCAUAAAAGGCAUUACAAAUUAAAUAAUUCAUUUAAACUUUUGUUGACCCUGUAUAGAAAUUGACCAACUAAUUUAUUAGGAUAUUUUGGGGUUAAGAAAAAAACAAUGGAAUUAUAGUGUCUCAGUUCCAAAAAAUCCAUUAUCAGAAGAAACUCAUGAGAGAAAGUUAGUAAAAAUAAAAUUAGGUUUACUUGAUCAUCCUAUUCCAAAAGAGAAACCAAAUAAAAUAUAUGUAGGAACAGAAACUAGAGAUAAUUAUUAACUUGCCAAAAAAGGAUCAGAUAAAUGGAACAUUAGUGUAGAAACAAAUUCAGUUGAUUUCUAAAAAAAUCUGAUGAAUUAAACUAAAAAAGCUAAAAAUCAUAGUAAAGCAAAAGAAAAAGAAAUAAUUAAGAAUUAUUUAAAACCCAUAGAACAUUAAAUUCAAUUAUAAUAGAAUCUAAGAUCAUAGAAAGUAAAUGAAAAAGAUUUUAGAGCUUAAAUCAGACAAGAAUACUUAAUCAAAAAUCCUGCUGCUUCAUAAUAAGCUACUGAUGGUGCAGUAUUUAGAUUAGCUUAUGAGGCACAUUUAAGCAAAAAUUAAUAAUAAAUUCAAGUAUUAAAUAUUGGAUAAUGGAUAAGGAUAAGAAUUAUACAUUUAUGCCGGAUAUGAGUAAGACACUCAAACAUAAUUUGGAAUAUAAAUACUAUCAUAAUGGAGUGUGGUAAAAAUUAAAAGAUGGAAGUGAAGGUUGGUCAUGUUGUAUGAAUUCCACAUAUGAUUCACCAGGAUGCAUUAAAAUUAAACUAGAUAAGAAUAGAUGGGAUUACUCUUCUUUUACACAUUGA